GAGCGGUGAUAGAGCACCAUGCCCCGUACUGGGAGCAGCCCUUCUCCCAGCCUUACUUCGACAACUCGACCCGCCGUGAGAUGACGACCACAGUGGGGCAGAGUGCCUACCUGCAUUGCAGGGUCAGGAACCUGGGCGACAGGGCCGUGUCGUGGAUCCGCAAGAGGGACCUGCACAUCCUGACGGUGGGAAUUCUCACGUACACUAAUGACCAACGCUUCCAGUCCUUGCACUCGGACGGGUCCGACGAGUGGACCCUCAAAGUGAGCUCUCCACAGGUUCGCGAUUCCGGAACGUAUGAGUGCCAAGUCAGCACAGAGCCCAAGAUUAGCCAAGCCUUCCGCCUGAACGUAGUGG